AGCGGGCUCGCCGGUCGCCGUGGAAGCUGUCAGGUGCAGGAAGGAAGCCGGCGCUCUCCUGAGAGAGGAGCGGGACGAGCCCGCCGAAGAGCCAGUCCGGCACUGGAGAAAAGAACCGGAACUGGAUAUAGAGACACCACUCUAAUUUGCACUCCCCGGACUCAGUUAGACGGUGUACCGGGCCUGGUUACCAUGGUAACUAGAGUCACAGUUUGUCUCCAAACUGAGAGAAGAGGUCUGGAAGGCACCAAGUCAGCCAAUAUUCCAGCUAUUGGAACGACAGUCCUUUCUGUUUCCUCUGUAUUUGUGAGGACCAGACAGAAGUACAGGUUCCAAAGGCCUGAGUCAUCACCAUCAUGAAGGCUUCCUCAAAGGGUCUUCUCACCCACAUCUCCCAGUUCUGGAGCAUGCUCGAUGAUUUGGCAGAAAAUGAUCCCGAGCGCUACCGGAACUUCAUUCAGCAGGAGCUGAAAGAUGGCAAACAGCUCUGUGCCGACCCAGAACCUCAACUCUGUCUACAGACAAAGAUCCUAAAACCAAAAGAAAAAGUACUUUUUAUCAACCUAUGUCAGUGGGAAAGGAUCCCCGCACCACAAUCAGCCACUCAUCCUGUACCUAUAAGUGUUGGCAGACCAGAAGAUUUCACUGAGACAUCAGAUGCUUGUACCAUCAUUGAUGUUGCCUACAAUCCUGGUGUUCUGCAAGCAGCAGAAAAAGACCAAGGAAUCAAAGAUCAGUUAAUAAGGAUGGCCAUGCGGUGCAUCGAGGAGCGACUCCAGCUCACACUUGCACAUUCAUACCAUGUUACUCGUUUUAGAGUGAAAGGAAGCAUUCAGAGAAUGAAAGAAAGUCUGAUGGGCAUUAAAACUCACUUCCCAAACUUCAAAGAGAUGAUGAGAAAAGACAACACUCUUGAAAGGAUCAGAAGCAGUACUGUGAGUGAACCCAGUCACCUUCCUGAGGUGCUAUUGACAAAGAAACAAGUGUCGGCCAAAGGGAGAUGUCUUAUAGAAGAGAUUGCUAGUUCAGAAGUCCAGGUGGAGGCUAAGACACCUGCCUACGAAUUAAAGGUUGUAAAGGAUCAGAACGAGAAGCCGCUGAAAAUUGAGCUGAAAGUCGAGUUACCUGGGAUUAAGGCAGUCUCUCUGUGUGAGCUUAGUGUUUCUGAGGUUGAUUUAUUGAUUGAGGUCUCUGAGAUGUACCGAUUAUGCCUGAAUCUUCCAGAAUCGAUUAAUACAGAAAUGACUACAGCAAAAUUCAUAAAAAAUAAAUCCAUAUUAAUCAUUACAAUGCCCCUGGCAUAAAAA